CUCCUGUUGUGGCCACUGCUUCUGCUGUACUCAGUUUUUCACUUGAAUCGGUGUUGGUUUGAUCUAUAUAGUUGCUUUAGUAUACCUUCUGGUUUUUGUACACACAUGACAUCAUCACUACUAGGCAGCCAUGUUAGAGAAGGGAGAGAGCAUGUGGCCACAGUCUCUCCCACCAGAACCAGGUGGGUGUCACAGGAGUAGGUGACCUGUGCUCCUAC